ACACACAAAAAGGGAAGGUUGACAACUAUGCCCAGUGAUUUGAUGGGGACUUGAACCCUGGUCUCCCCAGUCCUUGUCUGACACUAACCAUGACACUGCACAGGUUGGCUUACAAUAAUAUUCUGUUUCCAUCCUUGGGCUGAGGCAUUGCUGGGCUAACUAACGUGGUACAGGGGGGUGGCUGCUUGGCUUCUCCUUCUCCCCCCCCCCAGUCCCUUGUUCUUUUCUUCCCAGCCAAGCUGGCAUCCUUCAGCAGCUGCUGCCAGGCAAGGACUGGAUCUGAAGCAACCCUCAGCAAUAGGUCUGCCUUGUGCAGACAAAUGGUGAGCUGGGCAUUUAUAGCAGGGCGUACAAAUUACUUUUGUUUUUGCUUUAAGAGUGUUGUUUUCCUGCCUUCACUUUCAACCUCCCCCAAUCCCUGUAACAUUUUAUUUUACAGAUAGGGAGAUAGCUCUCUUGUAUUUGCCCCUGCACUCUACCCCAUGAUGGUAGUUUGGGUGGUGGUGGUGUUUAAAGCGGGGUUUGCUAAACAAAUGUCAGUCAAUGCCUUCUUAACCAAAUGCUUCAGUGUGCCAAAUGUUCUCUUUUUCCUUUCUUCCUCUCCUCCUUUGCAUUUUAAAAACUAUCUCAGUACCUCACAGUCAUUCAUUCUCCCCUUUUCUCCCAUUAAGUUAUCUGAGCACUUCCAUUCUUUUCUAAUCCUGUCGUGCCUUCUUUCCACACAAUUCUCUCUCUUUUCUGACCUUUCCAAAAAAAUGAUGAUUUAAAUAUACUUUUUUGACCCAGACCUUGCUUUUCCUUCUUGGCCUCUUUUUCCUGUUUCCCACUCACUAUUUCUACCCCACACCCUAAAUCAUUUUGUUUCCCUUCCCCCUUCAUUUUUCCCUUUUCUCCUUUCCUUGCCCCUAUGCCUCUUUGUAUACACCUGUUUCCUCAUCCUGUUCCUCCCCUCCCUGCUCCACUUCUCUGAAAGGCUUUAUUUUGACUAGGAUUUCCCAAAGCACAGCUCUAGAAGACAUUUAAAUGCUUGGGAUCAGCUCCGGAAAUGGGUAACAGUAUUAAAAAGAAGAGUAGCUGUGAGCAUAUGCAGAAUCCUUUAUCUUAUCACAAGCAGCAGACAAACACUGGAAGCAAUAAAAUAUUACUGUUGUUGUUAUUGUUGUUAUUUGCAUUUAUUCAUCACUUGGUACAAAAAUGUCUCAGAGCAAUACAAUUAUUAAAGCAUAAAUGGUAACAAAAAAUCAAGCGUACCGAAAAGCUAAAAUAACAAUUGACUGAAAGCGCUCAACCUUCAGUAACAUACGGACCAAUUCUACCCUACCCUAGUAAAAGAUGAAUAGCAAUACAUACAUGGAUUAUCACCCAAUUCAGAGCCAAAUGCCUGGAUGAACAGAAGCAAUUAUUUCCAAGGAAGCUUGAGCCAUUAUACUUUUGACAACACUGCCUAAGGUCAGAGUUGAACCUCAGGCCACCCCAGGCCUGUCUGGCCCCCAGAAGACUUCUUGGCCUCAGCCACACACUCUCACCUCAAACCACACCCUUCAUAAACCUUACUUUAUUCUGUCCUUCAGGGAUUUUUUUGUACACUUAAGCUGUGCUCGCGCUGCACAUUUACAGCACAUCCCCCUCUCCCCAGAAUUCUGGGUAGUUUGGAAAUUGAUCCAAGUUAGAUGUGUUUGCGUUAACUCUGCAAAAUGCCCAGUCUUCCAUUCUUCUCCAGCUGGUUCAUUGUGAGGUCAAAGGGCACGGUGAUGUCAUAAUGAGAUACUACAGCAUGCAACAUGAAUGAUUCCAGCAGGGAAAGAGUGAGACUCGCCCAGAAGAAUGAUUUGAGACGUUGGACAGUUUCCCUUAUGAAUCUGCUACUGUUUAUCUUUUUAUCAUCAUCAAUAUUUGCAGGAGCUACUAAAGAGAAACAUAAAGUUAUUAUUCGGAUAAAUCAUGAGAAGAAAGCGAACGAGAAGGAGGAGGAAGGAAGUACGAAGCACAUCAUCAUACACCCUGCUGUACAUAAGAUUUCUAUAAUGGAAGGGCCACAGAAUCAUGAAGAUGUUGGAUUACAAGAUAAUGAAGAUGUUGACAAAAGUCUAUCCAUUGAUCACCUUUUCCAUCCAAUACCACUACCACCAAAGAAUGAAGAUGUUUAUAAAAAUCAACCAGAAGAUGUCCUUUUUCAUCCGGUACCAGGACGAAUGUUUAAUGAAGAUUUUGACAGAAGUCCAGUAAAAGAUCUCUUUUUCCAACCGGUACCAAUUUCAGACAAUGCAGAGAUUGAGAAGCGCAUACAACUUGUCUCCAAAGAAGAAGAAAGACCCCGACCCCGGGAACAGAUACUGUUGGCUGUAUCCUCAGCAACUCUGUGUGUUUUAAUAUUGCUUACAAUGCUUUGUGGUAUGACUAUAUACCAAUGUAGCAAAAGAAUUAGUUACACAGAGCUCUCAUUUACUUCUUCUGAAAAUCAAGCACUAUUUGGGCCAUCCUUUUUCCAACCCUAUCGAACCGAAUCUGCAGUCUCUAGAACUGAGAGCUUGAUAUGGAACGAGUCCGGACCAAGACCAGUAGGACGGAGCCCCUCGGUGACUAAACCCUCAAGGAUGCUAACAUUUGAUCCUGUUGUACACUCAGUAGAUGAGGUGUCAUCAUUUUCUGAUGAAUCAGCCCGCACUCUAGAGUCAAUCAGGCUUAGAGAGACAGAACCAUCUGGAACAGUGACACCCUCUCAAGCCCCAUCAACUGAAGCACCACCUCCAAGUGCACCAGCAGCAGCACCGCCACCAAAUGAGCCAGCAACAGCACCACCACCACCUAGUGGCCCAGCAGUACCACCUCCACCAAGUGAGCCUGGAGCUGCACCCCCGCCUCCACCUGGUGGCCCAGCAGCACCACCACCACCUCCACCAAGCGAGCCUGGAGCUGCAGCACCACCACCACCUCCACCAAGCGAGCCUGGAGCUGCAGCACCACCACCACCUCCACCAAGCGAGCCUGGAGCUGCACCCCCGCCACCACCUGGUGGCCCAGCAGCACCACCUCCACCAAGCGAGCCUGGAGCUGCUCCCCCACCCCCACCUAGUGGCCCAGAAGCACCACCAGCACCGCCGCCGCCACCACCACCACCACAAGGUUAAAUCCUGAUGUUGACGAUGAUUCUUGAAAAAGAAGGAAAGAAAUCUGGAUUACUACCUUCACAGUUGGCUGCUCCGUACAAAAUUCAGAGAAAGAGAAAUACUGAGAUUCUGAAGUGAGGAGAAAACCAACAAGGAAGUUGGGACUACAGGGGUCUGAAGGCGUGCUGGAACGGUAUUGAUAGCUGAGCUUAGUGAGAAAAAAGUGGUGUAAGAAAGUACAUACUCCCAAGAGACAUUGGAAUAGUUUCAUAUUAUGAUGUGGGAAAAUAAAUAAAGCUUUGAAUCACUAGCCACGGCAAAAGCCACAUAAGGUUACGUUACAUGAAUAAAUUUUCUGUACAAUAAAUCAACUAUAUGAAUGAA